AUGGAGGAGCCAAAGUUUCAAGACCCCGAGAAGGGCUAUAAUCAACCCCUUCGCACUGAAAGCAUUAAUCGGGAGGCAGCGUUUAUGCAAGAUUCACAAGAACCUUGGACAACGAGGUUCGUGGAUAGUUUCAGGAGAGAUCCUAAUGCUGCGGUUACGAAACCAAGUCAGCGAGAGGGUGUCGAGGGAUUCGAUCAUCAAGCUGCUGCUGAGGCUACUGCCAAUUCUGGUUUGGCGAGAGAAUUAAAGCCUCGCCAUUUGCAGAUGAUUGCAAUUGGUGGUUCGAUCGGUACCGGUCUCUUCGUCACAUCUGGAGCUGCUCUCUCACAUGGUGGUCCGGCUUCUUUAAUUAUCGCAUAUGGUAUCAUCGGUAUAAUGUUGUUUUGUACAGUCCACGCUUUGGGAGAGAUGGCUGUCAUCUUCCCCGUUGCUGGUUCCUUCUCUGCAUACUCUACUCGCUUCAUUGAUCCUGCUUGGGGUUUCGCAAUGGGAUGGAAUUAUGCUAUUCAAUGGCUUGUCGUUCUACCUCUAGAGAUCGUCGCUGCUUCAAUUACGUUGUCGUAUUGGCCUGGUGCAGCUGACACCAACUCAGCUGCUUGGGUGACAAUCUUCUUCGUGGUUAUUGUUGCAAUCAAUUUUUUCGGCGUUAGGGGCUAUGGGGAGGCGGAGUUCGUGUUCUCUAUCAUCAAAAUUGCGGCCGUCAUUGGAUUCAUUAUCCUAGGCAUCGUUCUUGAUUGUGGAGGACAAGUAGGAGGUGGAGAAUACAUUGGAGCUCGUUAUUGGUAUUCCAAUACCGUUGAGCCUGACUAUGCUGGUUAUUCCAAUAUAGCAAAUCAAAAUCCGGAUGGAAGUCCUCGGCAAAUCGAAUCCGGUGCUUUUAACAACGGUUUCAAGGGUCUUUGCUCCGUCUUUGUCACAGCCGCCUUUAGCUUCGCUGGAACUGAGCUAGUGGGCCUUGCUGCGGCGGAAACUAAAAACCCACGCAAAACCCUCCCGACAGCCAUCAAGCAAGUUUUCUGGCGUAUCUGUCUCUUCUACAUGGUUGCCUUGACCUUGGUCAGUGUCCUCGUACCAUACGGAGAUCAACGACUCUUGGGAGCAAGCUCUACUGACGCUAAAGCCUCUCCCUUCGUCAUCGCCAUCAACAAUGCCAAAGUAGCUGUUCUUCCAUCCAUCAUGAACGUUGUCAUUCUCAUCGCCGUUCUCUCAGUCGGAAACUCUUCUAUCUAUGGCUCAUCGCGUACCAUUGCUGCACUCGCAGAACAAGGUCAAGCCCCUAAAAUCUUCGCCUACAUCGAUCGUAAAGGUCGUCCUCUCGUCGCCAUCAUAUUUGCCUCGGUUAUCGGUCUUCUCUGCUACGUUGUAGCUGGUGGACAAGUCACCGCCAACACCGCUCUUAACUGGCUCUACUCUCUCUCAGGUCUUUCAUCCCUCUUCACAUGGGGAUCCAUCUGUCUCGCCCACAUCCGAUUCCGCGCAGCUUGGAAAGCACAAGGUCACACUCUCGACGAGUUAGCCUUCAAAUCCCAAGUCGGAGUCAUCGGUUCGUGGAUCGGUCUCACGCUCAAUGUCCUCGUCUUGAUUGCACAAUUCUGGACCGCCAUCUGGCCCAUCGGUUAUGCAGCAAUGAAUUCCAGUGAAAUCGCAGAAAGCUUUUUCUUAGCGUAUCUCGCGGCUCCAGUCGUUUUGUUGUUUUACUUGCCAUAUAAGUUUUACUAUAAAACUCCCUUCAUGAAGGCGUCAGAUAUGGAUUUGACUACCGGAAAGAGAGAUAUGGAUACCCCAGCAUUGCUCGAGGAAGAACGUAUAGAGAAAGCUUCCUGGCCUCGCUGGAAGAAGAUCUAUAAGACCAUGUGUUAA